AUGGAUUACUUUAAUAUCAAGCAGAAUUACUACACGGGGAACUUCGUGCAAUGUUUGCAGGAAAUAGAGAAGUUUAGCAAGGUCACAGAUAACACUUUAUUAUUCUACAAGGCCAAGACCCUUUUGGCAUUAGGCCAAUAUCAAUCACAGGACCCCACUUCUAAGCUUGGUAAGGCCUUGGAUUUGUACGUCCAGUUCUUAGAUAAAAAAAACAUUGAGGAAUUAGAGAGUUUGUUGAAGGAUAAACAGAGUUCACCAUACGAAUUACAUCUUUUGGCCACUGCUCAAGCUAUCUUGGGUGACUUAGAUGCAAGUUUGGAGACAUGUGUGGAAGGUAUUGACAAUGACGAGACAGAAGGGACUACAGAACUAUUGCUACUUGCCAUCGAGGUUGCUUUGUUGAAUAACAACGUCUCGACUGCGUCCACAAUCUUUGAUAACUACACUAAUGCUAUUGAAGAUGCUGUUUCUGGUGACAACGAAAUGAUUUUAAACCUGGCUGAAUCAUAUAUCAAAUUUGCUACAAACAAAGAAACAGCAACAUCUAAUUUUUAUUACUAUGAAGAACUAUCUCAAACCUUUCCUACUUGGAAAACUCAAUUGGGACUGCUCAAUUUACACUUACAGCAAAAAAACAUAGCUGAAGCUCAAGGGAUUGUCGAAUUAUUACUUUCUGACUACUAUAGCGUCGAACAAAAAGAACACGCUGCAUUGUACAAACCUAAUUUCUUGGCAAAUCAAAUUACGCUUUCUCUUAUGCAGGGUCUUGAUACUGAAGAUCUGACAAACCAAUUGGUAGAACUGGAUCAUGAACAUGCAUUCAUCAAGCAUCACCAAGAAAUCGACGCAAAAUUCGAUGAGUUAGUGAGGAAAUAUGAUAUCUCCAACUAG